AUGAUUGUUCGUGGUGAAGAUAAUUUGUAUCUGUAUAACCUGACUUUGAAGAAGCAAUCCAAUUACAUACAUUCCUGUAUUGGUUAUUUUGUAGACAUUUCCGUUUCAAAUGCUGUAGAUAUUUCAAAUACAGAAAAAAAAAAACUAGAAAGGAAAAAACAACCUCAUCUACAGAUAUGCAUUGCUACUGAGUCACAUAUUGAACUUUACGAUGUUUCUGAAGGCAAUCUUACUCCAUUAGCAUCGAUACCAAUAUUCGCAAUAAUAACAAAAAUUGAAUCUAUCUUUUUCCAGAAUAAAGAAGAAUCAGUAUUAGCAGUGUUGUCUGACUCUGGUGUUUUAUCUAUUAUUCAGUUUAUUAACGAAAAUGGAACAAUUAAAUUACAAACAUUGUAUAACCAACCUCUUUCGCGAACAGGUAUUCGUAGAUUAUCACCAAUAUAUCAUUUGAAUGUCGAUCCAUAUGGGCGUUGCCUGUUAAUUUCUGCAAUGGAGAGGAACAAACUAUGCUUCUUAAUAGAUUACCAACAUGAUAAAUUUAGGAUUUCAUCACCAUUAGAAAUAAAUAGACCAGAUAUGAUUAUUCUAGAAGAGACAGUAUGUGACGUAUUAUAUAAUAAUCCAUGUUUUGCAUCCAUUGAAAUUGAUACAGUUAAUAAUAAUGAUCAUCGUUUAGUAUUUUACGUAUUAGAUUUAAGCUUAAAUCAUGUAAUCAAGAAAUCAGACUAUAAGAUCAGAUCUACGGCAAACUUUCUAAUGAGCUUACCAGAAUUAUCUAGAUAUGACAUAAGGACAUUAAUAAAUGAAGAAGAUGAAGCUGAUGAAAACAUAAACCCUUUUGUUAUUAUUGGUUUUGAAAAUUUUAUAUUAAUUAAAGAUAUGAAUGGAUAUUACAGCUUAAAAGUACAAAUACCUAGAAGAGAAAAUCAACAAGGAGUUGUUACUAUAAUUUCAUCUUCUAUUCAAAAACUGAAGAAGGAUUUUUUUAUACUAUUACAGACAAAUCAUGGGGAUUUGUUAAAAUUAACAGUAACAGCUGAUAAGAAUAACAGAAAUAGGCCUAUGGCUUCCAUCUCAUAUUUUGACUCUAUUUAUCAAUCUGAUAAGCUGCAUAUAUUUAAAAAUGGUUAUUUGUUCAAUAACUCAGAAUACUUCAACUGUCAUUUGUUUCAAUUUGAAAGUUUAGGGGAAGAUAACUCAGCAUCAAACUCAUGUUCUUCGAAAACCCCAGAAGAACAUAUAUUGUUUAAACCACCUACUACCUUACAGAAUCUAAGCAUUUCUCAUUCAUUAAAAUGCUUAAAUCCAUUACGCGAUAAUACAGUCUCUUCAUCAUCACCAUUGACUUUAACUUAUCAAAGAAACAAUAAUAUCUGCUCAAUUAAAGCUAGUGUUGAAUUCACAAGCCUAAUUACAACCUACAUUUCAAAUAACGUGAAAAAUCUAUGGCCCAUUAGAAAUCCGAAUAGUAAAUUUCACAAGAUAUUAAUCUUGGGUUAUACAAAUUCUACCACAAUGCUGAAUAUAGAAAAUGAUUCCAUAGAAGAACUUCAAUUAGAAGAUAAUCCAUUUAUCACUAAAGGAGAUAAUACCAUACUUGCUGAAUUAAUUGGAAAUAGAUCAAUUAUACAGGUAUGUGAGAAUGAAAUGCAUCAAAUUACGUUGGGCACUGAAAAUAAUUUCAAGUUGAAAUUGAAAUGGUACCCACCAGCUGGAAUAAGAAUCACAUCAGCUGCUUGUACGGCAUCCCAAAUUGCAUUAGCACUUUCAAAUUAUGAAAUUGCAUAUUUUGAACUGAAUCAGUUCUCUGAUAGCGAUGACAUUAAUGAAUUACAGAGGAGAAUAGAAAUAGGGGAAUCUAUCAGUUGUUUAAGUUUCGAAAAUUCACUAAAGAGUAAAUACCUCGCAAUUGGUUGUCAAGGGUCUACUGUCAAAAUAGUAUCAGUUUAUAACGGCUCCUCAGACGAUUUCCUUGAGAUUAUCUCGAUGCAAGCAGUAAUGGCACCAGUAAGUGAUAUAAAACUUGUUCGUUCUAAUAACUUAAAUCUGCAUGUCGGUUUAUCAAAUGGUGUUUAUAAUACAUCUAAAAUAAAUGAUGUUGACUCUCAAAUAUAUGAUACCAGAACAAGAUAUAUAGGACCUUCAAAAGUAAACUUAUCUAUAGUUUCUUCUAUCUUACCAGAUUUUGAUAGGAACUUACAAGCUGACAGUGAUGAUGAUGAUGAUGAUUAUGAAAAUGAUCAAAAUGGCGAGGGUGAUGGUGAAGACAAUAAAGGCGAAGAAAGUGAAAUAAAUAAAAUAACCUGUGUAGUGAUUCACAAUACACAAACAUGGUUAAGUUAUGAAAUUGAUUCAUUUUUAUACAUUAGACCUAUUACAUCCGAAUCACUCUCUGAAUUUAUGACUAUGUGUAAUUUCUAUACCAAUGAUAUUAAAAUGAAUGGUGCCUGCGGAUUGAACAUGAGAGGUGAAUUAGUCAUUGGCCAAUUUCAAAAAUUGUCAAAACUAGAUAGGUGGUUUAAUGAUGCUUCUCUCACAUCACUAGAAAUAGAUACCAUUACAGACAAGGAGAAGACGAUUGCCAAUAAUGAGAACAGUAUCUUAGAACAAAAUAAUAAGGAUAGUGACGAUAAUGAUAAUGAUGAUGAUGAUGAUGAUGAAGAUGAUGAAGGGUCCAUUUUGGAGUCUCCUUCCUAUUACACUUGUGCAACGUUGAAAUAUGAUAAAAAUAAUGAUGUAAAAGUAUUGAUAAGUCAACAUUUACAUGAGAAAAAAUGUGUUAUUUCGGUAACAAAAAAUGGGAAAGUAUUACUAAAUUCUAAAGCAAAAAAAAAAGAUAAAUUUGCAAUUUUAAAUGAAACACAAUUAUUAACAGCAACAUUAGUUAGAUUUGUUCCAAGUUCAUGUCACAUAGUUUUAUCAACCUAUGAUCAGAAAUUGAUUACAUAUUCAUUCUCAAUAUCUAAUAGCAAAAAAGGUGAGAGUAAAUUUAGUUUAUCUCUAGUCCACAUUACUCAUAUAGAUGAUAAGAUCCAUUCGUUAACUUCUUUUAACGAUAUGUUGCUAGCUCCCAUUCACGGUAAUAUCUUUUUAUUUGGCUUAGGUAAGAAGCAGCUUUUAAAAAAGUCAAUCACCGUGACCCCACCUUCCAUUACAAAGGUGACAACAAUAAAAAAUUGGAAUAAUCAAAGAAUAGUUAUCGGAGAUAUUAGAGAGUCGAUAAUGAUGUUUAUAUUUAAUAAGGAACGGAACUUAUUUAUUCCUGUAGCAGAUGACAUUUCAGGCCGUGCAACUACAACAGUGGAAUUUUUAGAUGAAUCAACAGUUAUUGGGGCAGAUAAAUAUGGUAAUAUUUGGACUUUAAGGCUCUCAAAGAAAGAUAACCAAAUUGUUAAUGAAUCUAACGAAGAACAUUGGAGUAUAAACAAAAAAUUAUUGUUGAAUAAACUACCUAAUAUUUAUGAAUGUCCAUUUAAAUUUGAGUUAAAAAAUCACUAUUUUGUGAAUGAUAUAAUAUUAAAAUUUCACAUUAUAAAGUCUUCAAGUUUUUCUGACCGUCCUGUAAUUAUUUAUACUGGGUUACAAGGAACAAUUGGAUGUUUGAUACCUUUGAUACUUGAAAAACAAGUAAGUUCACUAGCUUCUAUUGAAAUGGUCCUUAGUGAUAUGGAUGAACUCUUUUUGUUCGGGAAUGAAGAACAAAGAGAAGAAAAAAUGCUGACUCAUGGUGAAGAAGAGGCCUAUGAAGAUAAUAACUUUCUAACAGAUACGAAAGACCAUCCUUCUUCCAAAAUGUUGGAGGGAGCAUACUCUAUUGUUCAAAGGGAUCAUAAAAGUUACAGGAGUUAUUAUGCACCUGUUAAAAAUGUAAUCGAUGGUGAUCUAUGUGAGUCGUUUUUACGUCUAACUUAUUCCGAACAAGCAUUAUUGUCAACGAAGUUAGAAAAAAUGCAGCCAAAUGAUAUCAUCAUGCUUCUAAAUGAGAUCAGAAUAUCUUGUUUAUAG